AUGAAGUUGCUCACCAAGGAAGAAGAAGAUGCGCACUACCGCAAUGUCGUCAAGGGCGGCACCAUCGGUGGUAUAGUCGGUCUCAUGGCCGGCUCUGCAGGCGUCCUGCUCGCCUCUCGCCGAUACCACACUAUCCGCAAUUUGACCAUCCCUAUGAAGGCCUUCCUAGUCACGUCCUCGGGAACCUUUGUCGGUAUUAUCGCUGCCGACCACGCCUCGCGAGAGUUUGAGAAAUCACAGAACGCUGCCAAACAGUGGUACGAGAGCCGCGAGGAUCGCCUACACGCCGAGGAGAUGCGCGGAUUGAGCUUCACCGACCGCGCUCUUGCUUUUGCUCGUCGUGAAAAGUACAAGAUUGUCGGCGCCACGUGGGUGGCCUCCAUGAUCGGCUCUUUCGUUCUUGUCGGUCGCAACCCUUAUCUUUCCGGUCAGCAGAAGAUCGUCCAGGCUCGUGUGUACGCACAGGGUCUGACCUUGGCUGUGCUGUGCGCCUCGGCCGCCUUUGAGAUCUCCGAUCAACGUCGCGGCAAGGGUAUCCUCGACUCGGCUAAAAAGAGCAAGAAGUCCCAGGUCGAGGAUGCCGCUGAGCCUGCCCCGGUUCACUCUCAAAACAACGAGCAGGCCGACCUCUGGAAGGACAUGGUUGCUGCUGAGGAGCAGCGCCUCAAGUCCAAGCACCAGUCAUUGCACAUUCACCACGAUGAUAACAAGGACGAGGCUGAGAACAAGGAUGAAUCCAGCGAAAAGUCAAAGGACGAGUCAGAGGGAGAAGCCAAGGAGAACAAGAAGGAUGCCUCGUCUGGGAAGAAGAACGAGGGUGAGAAGAAGGCCUAA